CAAGCUAUUCACCGCCGACACUGCUCUCUUUUAUUUCUACCAUUUCUUUCAUUAGACUCAUUCUCAAGAUCACUUGCAUCGGCCCACUAUCAUCGAUACGAUCUUUUUUUUAAGUCUGCGGCUUCCUUGAAGCGUUUAUUUUCAUCAUGGUGCAGAUCAGCGAAGUCAAGGGCGGUUCGCGCGAGAACAGGACGAUGGCGCAUACGCAUAUCAGAGGCCUUGGUUUACGUUCAGAUGGUACAUCUGAGAGCUCUGCUGAUGGCUGGGUUGGUCAGGCAUCUGCGAGAGAGGCAUGCGGCGUUGUCGUGGAUUUGAUCAAAGCAAAGAAAAUGGCUGGUCGGGCAGUUCUUCUUGCUGGAGGACCUGGUACCGGUAAAACAGCGCUUGCUCUCGCCGUCUCGCAAGAGCUGGGUACCAAAGUACCCUUUUGCCCGAUUGUUGGAAGCGAAUUGUACUCUGCGGAGGUCAAAAAGACAGAGGCUCUCAUGGAGAACUUUCGAAGGGCUAUUGGUCUGCGAGUUCGGGAAACGAAAGAAGUUUACGAAGGUGAGGUGACAGAACUCACACCAGAAGAGGCAGAGAAUCCUCUAGGCGGAUACGGGAAAACUAUCAGCCACCUUAUCAUUGGCCUUAAAUCUUACAAAGGCACAAAGAAACUGCGACUUGAUCCCAGUAUCUACGAGGCUAUCCAAAAAGAGCGCGUGACCGUGGGCGAUGUCAUCUACAUUGAAGCAAAUACGGGGGCAUGCAAAAGAGUUGGACGAUCAGAUGCUUAUGCCACCGAAUUCGAUCUUGAAGCAGAAGAAUACGUUCCUGUGCCCAAGGGUGAAGUUCACAAGAAGAAAGAAAUUGUGCAGGAUGUGACCCUCAAUGAUCUUGAUAUGGCCAAUGCUCGGCCCCAGGGUGGACAAGACCUAAUGUCUAUGCUUGGUCAGCUCUCUAAACCGAAGAAAACAGAAGUUACAGAAAAACUAAGAGCCGAAAUAAACAAGGUUGUGAGCAGAUACAUUGAUCAAGGAGUAGCGGAAUUGAUUCCUGGCGUCUUAUUCAUCGACGAAGUACACAUGCUUGAUAUUGAAUGCUUCACCUAUCUGAAUCGAGCUCUUGAAUCCCCCAUAGCGCCAAUUGUCAUCCUUGCAUCCAACAGAGGAAACACUGUGAUCAAAGGCACAGGAGACGUCACAGCAGCUCACGGCAUUCCUCCUGACCUCCUUGCUCGGCUUCUCAUCAUCCCCACUCACCCGUAUAAUCCCGAAGAAAUCAAAACUAUCAUCCGACUUCGUGCUAAGACAGAGGGAUUGAACAUUACCGACCCUGCUCUAGACAAGAUCUCUGAACAUGGCAGCAAAAUCAGCUUGCGGUAUGCCCUGCAACUCCUUGCUCCAGCCAGCAUUCUAGCACGCGUGAAUGGGCGCCCAGGAGGUAUAGACGUUGCCGAUGUGACAGAAUGCGAGGAUCUCUUCAUCGACGCUAAGAGAAGUGCAAACAUUGUCAACCAAGGGAAAGGGAACUUCUUGCCAUGAUAUUAGCCGUUAUAAUAUCAAUUACGGGAUAAAUCAAUUUUCUGUAGGGAAAGAGAUAAAAAGGGAGUAAAUGGUGGAUGGGGGCAUGUACGUGAUUAUAUGUUUUAUUUGUAUUUCAUGAUACUAGUUUGACUCCCAGCUGGUUAGUUGGUUUGCUUGUAAUACUAGCGAUGUUGGCCAUUAACUCCACCGUACUUAUUUCAAAUGCUUAGAGACCCAGAGCCUGUUAGCAUGUUUUAUCCAUCAAUUCUUUUAUUGAUACCUGCUUUCUCCGUAGCUACGGUCUCAACCCUGAUGAAGGUCGUCUGCAGAUAUCAUUGCAAAACCAAUGAUCAGAUGAUGUUAGAAUAGCUGAGGUUGAGUUAAAU